CCGAUUCAACAUGGAGGACGCAGGAGCCCAGUGAAGUAAUUGAGUUGGAAACUUUUGGGAAUAACGUAGGAAUUAGUGGACCGAUUUGGACGCACCUGCAGGAUAACAUUUAGAUUUUAGUACCGAGUCAGCUGCGAAGAUGGCAGAGGAGAGUGUCAAGGUGGCGGUACGCUUGCGACCAUUUAACAGUCGUGAGAAGGCCCGCAACGCCACGCUAAUUAUCGACAUGAAGGGACCGACGACGUACAUCAAGGACCCCUCGGCACCUAGCGAGGAGGCCAAGUCGUUCACCUUCGACUACAGUUACUGGUCCCACGACGGCUCUAAGCUGGAGGGCGACGGCUACAUCGCACCUGAUCCCGGUCACCCCAAUGGGAAAAAAUUCGCUGACCAGAAAACCGUGUUUCAGGACCUUGGUAUGGGAGUACUGACCAACGCCUGGGACGGCUUUAACUCCACCCUCUUCGCAUAUGGACAGACAGGGUCCGGCAAGAGCUGGUCAGUGGUGGGAUACGGGGUCAACAGAGGUAUUGUGCCCCAGUUUUGUGAGGAAGUCUUCAACAGAGUAGACGCGGAGAAGAAUAACGGAUCUUCCACACAGUUUGAGGUGAACUUCAGUAUGUUGGAGAUAUACAAUGAAAUUGUUAGAGACCUGCUGAACCCAGGGUCUGGCGGUAAAGGCGGCCUGAAGGUCAGGCAGCACCCUAAGAAAGGAUUUUAUGCUCAAGGCCUUACGAGCGCCUUGGUGAGUAGUUAUAAUGACAUUGAGAAGAAAAUGGAGGAAGGCACGACUAACAGAACUGUGGCCGCCACCAAUAUGAAUGCUACUAGCAGUCGUGCUCACACCAUCGUUGGAAUCACACUGAUACAGAAAUUCAAGAAUGCUGCUGGAGAAGAGACGGCUAAGACUGGGAUUGUCAACCUGGUAGAUCUGGCUGGAAGUGAGCGUGCUGACAGCACAGGUGCCACAGGCGACAGACUGAAAGAGGGCGCUGCUAUCAACCAGUCGUUGUCUUCUCUUGGUAACGUCAUCUCUGCACUGGCUGAGAAAUCAUCAGGGAAAAAUACCAGAGUACCAUACCGUAACUCAGUGUUAACUAUGCUGCUGAAGAAUGCCUUGGGUGGAAACAGCAAGACAAUUAUGAUAGCUGCUCUGAGUCCAGCUGACAUCAACUAUGAUGAAACCCUGAGCACACUGAGAUAUGCUGACAGAGCCAAGCAGAUCAAGACCAAGGCCACAGUGAAUGAGGACCCCACAGAGAAACUGAUCCGAGAGCUUCAGGAGGAGAAUGAGAGGUUGAAGAAGAUGAUGGAGGGAGGAAAUAUUCAGGUGCCUCGGGGCGAUGGCGAUGAUGAGAUUCAGGCUUCAGAGGGAAUGUCAGAGGAGGAAAUUGCUGCCCUGAAGAAGCAGCUAGAGGAGGAGUACAAGGCAGAGUUAGAGGAAAAUGCCAAACAGAUGGAAGAGAUGAAGAAGGCCUAUGAAGACAAACUGAGAGAAUCUCAGGAGGAUAGCAAGGCAUCAUCACUGUCAGACACCCAAGCCAAGAAACAGACUGUGCCACAUCUCUCCAACUUAAACUUUGACCCCCAGCUGACAGGGAAAAUUGUCUACUUUAUUGACGGGGACACCAAGACUGUCGGCAACAAGAAAGGAGAACAGUCUGACAUUGUGCUGGCUGGUCCAAGCAUAAUGGCACAGCAUGCAGUGUUCACUGUAGAAGGAGGCAAGAUCUUCUUGGAAAAGAUGGCUGCAAAUGCACGCCUGCUGAUGAAUGGCGACCCAGUGAACCAGAAGACGGAGGUGAAACAUAAUGCAAGGUUGAUGUUUGGCACAACCCAGCUGUAUUUGUUUGUGAACCCCAAGGAGAGAGAUGCAGCCAAGACCCCAUAUCCCGAAAUCACAUUUGAGAUGGCACAGGAUGAAAUAGCCGCCUGCUCUGGCUUUGACAUGAAUACAGAGAACAAGUCUCAAGAUGACCUCCUGCUGCAGGAGGACCUGGCAGACAUGAUACCUGCUGUGGAAGAGGCCAACUCUAUCAGCCAGGAGUUGGACAAGAAGCUCAAGUUUGAGAUCAUCAUCGUCAGUUCAGAGGCCAGAGGAGAACUGUCUGGAAGAACUGAGGUGAUGGUGAGAGUCAGCAACCUGGAGACAGGCUAUGAGUGGGUGUGGUCCAAGAAUAAGUUCAUCGACAGGAAAUAUGUGAUGCAGGAACUUUUCCAGAAGUAUGAUGAUGGUGAAACAUGGGAUGUGCCUCCUGAGCAAGAUCCAUUCUAUGAGAACCCAGAGGACCCAGUUCACAUUGGUAGUGUGAAGGUGUGGCUGCAAUCUCUAGCCUAUCUGAUUGAGCUGAAGGAACAACUGGAAAUUACUGAUUUCCGAGGAAGACAGAUGGGAAUAUUCAAUCUGGAAGUGGUUCCAUGUAACAAGAAGGGUAAAGAGUACACAGAGGCAGAUGAUGUGUUUGUGGAUGACCCUGAGGAACUGGUGGGAAAGGAUCUUCACUUCAUGGUGAAAGUCAACAGUGCCAGGGGCAUCCCUGCCAGAUACACUGAUCUGUAUGCCAGGUUUAUAGCGCCAGGACAGACUGAUUUCACUGAGACUGCACAGAUUUCUGGCACCAGCAACCCCAACUGGAACUUUAAGAAACAGUAUGAUCUGCCUGUGGUGAAACCAGAGCAUGUGAAGAUGCUGAGAGACGGUGCCAUGAUGGUGCAGAUAUGGGGCGAUCAGAAGUCAGGACAGGCCAAAAAAUCAGUGAACACCAAGAAAGAGAUGGAGAAACUGUCCAUGGCAGCACAGCAGGUGCAUCAUGGGAAUGCAAAUGUCAAGACUGUGGAUGCUGGCAAAGUGAAAUAUAUGAUGCAGAGUGCAUUACUCGAAAAGAGACAGAAGAAGUAUGAAGAAAAAAUGAGUCAGUUGCGUAAAAUGGUAAAAGUUGCCAACAGCCAUCACAAGGUCAGGGUUGAGACCAAGGUCAUCAACGAAGUGCUGAAUGCUUCCAGCUGGAAAGAAGCUGAAAAACAGAUCAAUAAAAUCCCUAAAGACUCUGGAGGCGAUGAAAUCCCAAAGUCUGGAGCCUGCACCAUCCUAUAAUUGAAAGAAUGAAGUAAUUUCUUCUCUACGACCCAAACUCUGGUACUUGUAUCCAUGUGUUUUAUCUGAAUACAUCCC